CUUUUUGACAGUAAACUCAAAUGCAUCAGUGCCAAUCCAAAAUGUUUUGCAUUUUUACAUAGAUCAAAGGGUUCCGGUGACCAAGCUGCUGAAACGAGCAUCCCCUCCGCAAGGCUGAGGUCAGAGGGAGUACACUAAGUGCUGCUCUUCACCACACCCAGAGUAUCUUGCAACGAUCAUUUUCAUGUCUCGAUAUUGUUUUGGGUGACAGGUCUGAAGGGCCAACGAGUGUGAGCGUUUCUUUGACACCCUCUGAGCCUUUAGGGGUCCAGGACGGGACAUACUAGGGGACAGAGGUCGACAGAACCGGCUAAGAAGUGGAUACUGGGAGGCUGCCUUUGCAAAUCUCGUCAUGGCGUGCUGCUUGAGUGAAGAGGCGAAAGAGCAAAAACGAAUAAAUCAAGAAAUUGAAAAGCAGUUACGGAAAGACAAACGAGACGCACGGAGGGAAUUAAAGCUCCUACUUUUAGGUACUGGAGAAAGUGGCAAAAGCACAUUUAUCAAACAGAUGAGGAUUAUUCAUGGUAGCGGUUAUUCAGAUGAAGACAAAAGAAGUUUUAUUAAGUUGGUUUAUCAAAAUAUAUUCAUGGCCAUGAAUGCCAUGAUUAGGGCAAUGGACACACUGAAAAUCCAAUACAAAGACCCUUCAAAUGAGGAAAAUGCAAAUAUGAUUAGAUCCGUAGAUUAUGAAACUGUAACAACAUUUGACAAACAAUAUGUGGAUGCAAUCGAAAGUUUAUGGGCAGAUGCAGGGAUACAGGAAUGUUACGAUAGAAGAAGAGAAUAUCAGCUCACAGAUUCAGCCAAAUAUUACCUUGAUAGACUUGUCCGAAUAUCAGGACCAGACUAUUUACCAACGCUACAAGAUAUUUUAAGAGUAAGAGUACCAACAACUGGUAUCAUAGAAUAUCCAUUUGAUUUGGAUAGUAUAAUUUUUAGGAUGGUUGAUGUUGGGGGCCAGAGGUCAGAACGUCGGAAAUGGAUUCACUGUUUUGAAAAUGUGACGUCCAUCAUGUUUUUAGUCGCCUUAAGUGAAUAUGAUCAAGUACUGGUGGAGUCAGAUAAUGAGAAUCGAAUGGAAGAAUCAAAAGCAUUAUUCAGGACAAUUAUCACAUACCCAUGGUUUCAAAAUUCAUCCGUCAUUCUAUUCCUUAACAAGAAAGACUUACUGGAAGAUAAAAUUAUGCACUCGCAUCUUGUAGAUUAUUUUCCAGAAUUUGACGGUCCACAGAGGGAUGCUCAGGCAGCAAGGGAAUUCAUAUUAAAAAUGUUUGUGGAUUUAAAUCCAGACCCUGAUAAGAUAAUUUAUUCACAUUUUACAUGUGCUACAGAUACAGAAAAUAUUCGGUUUGUAUUUGCAGCAGUAAAGGAUACAAUCUUACAGCUCAAUUUAAAGGAAUACAACCUGGUGUGACAGCUGUUAAGUUUGGUUGGAUGGCUUGUAUGCAGCCACCGUGGACUGACUUGACUAGUGAAAGUGCCCUUGACAACUGCAGUGGUAUUAGGUGGGAGCUCUGCCGCCUGAGGGCAGCAGCAGUUUUGUCCAAGCUCAUGGCACAUCAUGGAUGUGAACUUGGCUUGACAAGAAGAAAAAAAGUUGGGUAGAAAAAAAGGUUUUGCAGGACUCCCAUGUUUCCAGCUGUAAUUUUUGGAAGUUGAUAACUUAUUAUCAUCAUUUAAACACAUCAUUGUGGUCAAUGGACAUCUUGGAAUCUUUAACCACAAUACUACCUAGACAGCGUUUUGUACCAGUUUUGUCAUUUUUGUGGUGCAUAUCACGUCACUAUACUUACUGUCAGUUAGAGGGAAUUUUUAAAAGACACACUGGUGAAAAAAAAUUUUCAGCCAGGCUUGGAAUUGUUUGAACUGCCAUAAUUUGGAUCCGCGACAACCUACAGAGAAGAGAUAGAUUAUUUUCUUCAACACCUAGGAACUAUAAAGUUUAUUGAUGCAAGUGCAAUGAUUACUGGGGUAGUGCUUUGUAAGAAUCGCACAUGAUGCAGCAGUGGACAGACAUACUUUGUAAAUAUGCUGGAGAAAAAAAGAUUACAGGCAGGCAUGAUCUGAAUGCUUUUGAAAUGACCAACAAUAGCAGAAUGCCUGCUUUGGAUGUAUCACACCCCAUUUCCCUGUACAAUUUUGAUAAUUUUGAUCAGGAUUCAUAGAACUUAUUUGCAUAAAUACUUCUAUAUAUUUAAAAUUCUGUGCUGAUUGAGCUUUUUAUACAGAGAAAUUACAUAUUCUAUGUAAAUGUAGCGUAAUAUUUUUAUGUCUGAUGUGAAAAAAAUUAUUUGUGAUUUUGAAUAUUGUUUCUGUAAACAUAUAACUUAAGGAAGGUAUCUGUAGCUGGUAUCCAUUCAGUUGUAGCUGAAUAUAUCCAGCAAGUUGUGAGUGUUUCAUUGUGAAUGGAUUGGAAUCCAGAAUCACUCCUUGUUUUAGGUGUGAAAAACUGGUGAUAAAGAACUAAUGUUAUUUCUGUAUUAUGGCUCACUUUCACUGCGCACUUUAAUUGAGCUUUUAGUUACUCACUAUGCCACAGUUAUGAUAAUUUAGUUGUAAAAUCAAAACCAAACUGACAUGUGUUAGCACAGCACGCUCAGUAUGUGGCACAGCUCCAUUAGCAGAUAUGGUGCCUCAGUUUCACAAUUCACUGUGGAAUGAAAUACUGUGUAAGAAGGCUGGUUAUUUUGUGUGGUCUACAUGUUUCUAUUGUCUUUACACUGAUUGAUAAUGAAUUAUGAUAUGUUAAAUUUUUAUUUUCGGAUGAGAUAUUGAUGAUGAAUUCAAAUUGGUUUUUCAUUGAAUAUAGAUUUGUCCUAGCCUGGGACCAAAUUGUGCCAUGGCUUGUAAAUAGAUCAUGGCCAAUGUGAUGGAAGUUUGCUGCUUAUUGUGCUCUAGUCUGUAAGCACAUGACAGUUUUACCAUACUGUGUUCAGCAGUACAAGUUCAGAGUUGCUAGUAAAGUAAUGUUCAUAUAAAAAGUAAGAAAAAAGUAUUGUGUAGUUACAGUUGCUUCAUUUUUGAUAUACAUCAAGAGGUGCAAUGUGUAUGAUGGCCUACAGUACUGUAUUUGCUAUAUGAUAUUUUCACCCACCAGACAAGGCACUGAUCCAACUUCUUUUCACAGUUGUGCAGUGGUCCAGCGCAGGGUGGUGUUGUGUUUUAGUGCAGUUAGUAGUCUCUGUGGUGAUGCUGUGAACAAAAAGAAACAAAUGUUAAGUGUAAGAAUGUAAAAUUUUGUUCACAGAGCUGGCAACCACGUGUGCUUUGAAGAGACGUCCGGAGUCCUUUUUGUUUUAAUUCUGUCCUUCUAUGAUAAAAAUUUGCAUUUUGUCAUUUGCAUUGAUGCCAUUUUUUGACCUGCAUUUCCAAAGCCAUACUAAGGAAUAACUUUGUAUGUAUCUUUUCCUCUCCUCUCCCCUUUUAAGUUCCAGCUAAGUAACCCCAAAACAACCUCUGUUCUAUGUAGUAUUUCUGCUUAAUCCAAAUCUUGACCUGAAAUACCCAAGAAACUGCACAUUUUGGAAUUGCUGUGAGAAAAAAGGACAUUUGGAAAGUGUGUGUGCUGUAUAUUAGUGUAUACGUUUCAAUGCUGUGGCAAUACGGUUAAGUUGUAUAACAAAACCCCUCCUUUCACUCAAGACUGCUUGCCCAGGCAUGUGCAAAUGACAACUGAUUGAUACUUGGUAGAAUUCAGAAACUAUAUCAGAAUAGAACACCAGGCUGUGGAAUUGUUGCAAGGGAUUAUACAUCCAUAGUAAAAGGGAAUGAUGGUGGUUUGACAGCAAAAAAGAUUGAUGAGGAAAAGUGAUGUUGAUUUUGUUCUUUGAAAGAACUGUCAGUUGACAUCACUCAGUGUCUUGAAGGUGCUAUUAUUUAACAGUACCAGUUUAUUUUUCAUUGCUGUGGCUAAUAUUGCUUUAUACCAACAGCUAACAGUUAGAUUUCAUAUUGCAACAAUGAAUUUGGCCAUCUAGGUUCUUGCAGGUAGGACAAAGCUGUGAUGUUUGUGAUAUACCUGGUUGAGCUGUCAGAAGCUUAAGUGGUCCAUAUGCACUCACCAUUCACUUUUCCGAUGCGCGUUUUGUUUAAUGCUUGAACAUUAAAGCAUAGGACACAACAGUGUCAUGGACUAGUUGGUGCUAGCCUAAAUUUGGUACGUACCAUGCCAAACAAAAAGUUGCAGUACUGUUCAGUUAAACUUAUUUUGCCCUUUGUCAUACAUAGCCAGCAGAGCAGUUCUUGAUUCCAGAAAUUAAUUUUAGAUAGAUUUUAUACAUGUUCAGUAUGUCAUGGUGCUGAAUUGUAUAGUGGUAGUAACACUGGCGAUGAAGUCUAGCUGUAAUAGUACUUGUUCCUUUUAUGAAAUGAUACAGUCCAGUUUCAAACUACUAAGUCAGGUCACUAAUUUAAGUCUAUAAACAAGUGUAAAACACGUCGACAUAAUCUAGAACUGGGCUGUAACCUGCUCAUAAUCCAACAGGGAACGGUUGUACAUGUGUUAAACUGUUUUGUAAUAAAAUGUAACUAAGUAAUAUUUGA